GGGCUGGAACCCCAUCAUUUGGUCCUCUAAGCAAGCAUCUAGGGUUAGGGCAAUAUGUAAAGGAGACCUAAAAGGGAAGUCGGUGGAAGAAGAAGACGACGACGAUGCUCUAAGGACUGGGUUUUAUUCUAUAUUGGGCUCACAAUUCACCCAUAGCCCACUCGGUUCUCCUCUGCUUCAAAGUUCCAACAGUUCUCUUCUCUAUGCCAAGUCCUCCGUAGCCGUAGUCAGACAGUUUUCUUAAUUUGGAGCACUUCCCAGUUCGGUUGAGGCAACAGUUGGUGUUGUCGAGUUCCUGCAAUUUCGGUUUAUCGGAGUGCCGAAGAUGAGUCUUUCUGACUUUUCUGACUCCUUUGCAGACAGUGGACUUGAGGAGGUGGAGAUGAAGCCUGUUAAAUUGGAACCUCCUGGGUUUGGAGGUAGCGUGAUGCGCCAUGUACAGAACCAUAACACACAACAGCUUCAGAAGUCCACAUCCCUCAGUCGAGUACAGGAAUGCGAAGAAGAAAGGAGUUCGAAUGCUCCUAGCUCGGGCAGAAGUGGCAUGAGUAUGCUAGAUCAAGGGCAGUCUCCUUCGGACGAUACUGGCCUUUCUUCGACUUCACAUCUGUGUCCAGCACCAAUCUGCCGCCAAUUUUGGAAAGCUGGGAACUACAAUGAUGGAACUAAGGCUAAUAUCUCAAUUCAGAAUGGCAACAAUUAUCUACAUGUCCAUCCCAUGUUCCUUCAUUCAAAUGCUACCUCACAUAAAUGGGCAUUUGGUGCUUUGGCAGAGUUGCUCGACAAUGCAGUGGAUGAGGUUCAAAAUGGGGCCACUUUUGUCAAUGUAGAUAAAACAAUAAAUCCAAGGGACGGAAGCGCGGCCCUACUAAUACAAGAUGACGGUGGUGGAAUGGAGCCUGAAGGAAUGAGGCGGUGCAUGAGCUUUGGGUUUUCAGAUAAGAAAGAAAAGACAGCGAUUGGACGAUAUGGGAAUGGAUUCAAAACUAGCACCAUGAGACUUGGGGCAGACGUGAUUGUCUUCAGUUGCCAUUUAAAAGACGGGGUCAUGACUCAAAGCAUUGGUCUCCUGUCAUACACUUUUUUGAUGAGAAUGGGAUAUGACAGGAUUGUGGUUCCGAUGGUUGAUUAUAAACUCAACGCGUCCACAGGGACUAUGGAAGUGUUUCAUUGCCAUGAUAAAGAGCAUUUUAAGUCAAACCUUUCCAUGUUGAUGCAGUGGUCUCCUUACUCGAGCGAAGCAGAUCUUCUGCAGCAGUUUGAGGACAUUGGAUCUCAUGGUACAAAAGUCAUCAUUUACAACUUGUGGUGCAAUGACAGUGGCAAUGUGGAGCUCGACUUUGAUUCUGAUCCUGAGGAUAUUCGAAUCAACGGAGAUAAAAGGAAAGUUGACACACUUCCUGCUUGGAAGUCUACAAACGAGCAGCAUAUUGCCAACAGACUGCAGUAUUCUCUUCGCGCGUACUUGUCCAUUUUGUAUCUGCGAAUGCCCGAAAAUUUCAGUAUAAUUCUGCGUGGUCAGAUCGUAGAGCAUCAUAACAUUGCUGAUGAACUCAAAUUUAUCGAGUAUAUCUUGUACAGACCUCAAAUUGGAGGAUUUAUUGAGGGUCAAGUUGUGACUACAAUAGGAUUUUUAAAAGAAGCUCCGCUACUUAAUAUCCAUGGCUUCAACGUGUAUCAUAAGAAUCGUCUUAUACUGCCGUUUUGGCCAGUUGUAAGCUACGCGGAUAGCAGGGGAAGAGGAGUUGUUGGUGUUCUGGAAGCAAACUUCAUCGAGCCAAUUCAUAACAAGCAAGAUUUUGAGAGAACUUCUCUUUUCCAAAAGCUCGAAGUCCGCUUGAAAGAAAUGACAUGGGAAUAUUGGGACUAUCACUGUGGAUUGAUCGGGUAUUUGCCCAAAAAAAAGCCACGAGUAUCAGCUGCUACAUCUGAUUCUAUGGCAAAUCACAUUAAAGGACAACCUUUCAUCUUGAAUCAAACGUCUUAUGGACCAUCAAGAAGUAGAUCUAAACUAGGGUCCCUAAAGCAAAAGAUGACUGAGGUAGCAGAAACGACAAGAAGCCAUGCCGAUGAGGGGGGCAGCAUGAUGGUGGAUGAUUGGGCGACUCACGACAUUCAGCCUAUCGAAGUCCCAGGGGAUGAAGUUGGAGAGGAAGAGGCGACGAACUUGGUACAGGAACGCAACAAGCUCCGAGCUCAAUGCUUGGAGUACGAGAAGAGCGAGAAAGAACUAAAUGAGAAGUUAUCCUGUCUUAUGACCGAACUAGAAGAGGCCCAGGCAGAGUACGCUCGUUUGCUCGAUGAAGCGAAAUCUUUUGCCUAACGAAGGGAGGCAAGAGUGUAACUAGCACAUGUAAAAAGAUCGGACAAGGACAGAGGACCAAGGGCAUUGUAAUGAUUCUUUUUCUGGUGUAGGAAAUUUUUUGUACGUGCAGCCCUUUUCUUGAA